UUAAGAGGGAAGUCUGUACCCCCUGGAGCCCUGGUGCAGAUGAAGGCACUAUUCGUGGAGUUGGAGUUCGAUCGCCGCUCCAGAACCCUCUUAAGGAUCUCUAAAAACCACCAGCCUUGAGUUCUCUUGCUGAAAUGCUCGCAAAUUGAGGAUCACCUAACGCGUCGGAGAUGGAUCUAAAUUACGACUAUUUGAUAAAGUUCCUGGCACUGGGUGACUCCGGUGUCGGCAAGACAAGCUUCCUUCAUCAAUACAUUGACGGCACUUUCAAUGCCAGAUUUAUAUCCACUGUUGGAAUUGACUUUAAGGAGAAACGAAUGAUAUAUCGAACGGCAAAUGGUAGAAACCGACGAGUGCAUUUGCAGCUCUGGGACACAGCUGGUCAGGAACGGUUCAGAAGUUUAACCACAGCCUUUUACCGGGAUUCCAUGGGUUUCCUACUAAUUUUUGACCUGACCAAUGAGCUGUCGUUCCUUGAAGUUAGAAACUGGCUGGAACAUCUUAGGACACACGCGUAUUGCGAUGAUCCAGACAUAAUUCUCUGUGGCAACAAGUCCGAUCUUGAGGAUAAACGCGUCGUCAGCAAGGACAAGGCACUAGACCUCGCUAAGAAGCAUGGCUUGAUCUAUUUGGAGACAAGUGCUGCAACCGGGGAAAACAUCGAGCUCGCUGUGGAUUUAUUAUUAGACUGCGUAAUGCGCAGAAUGGAGACCACGGUGGACAAGAUGGUGUUGCCGCAUCAAAAAGUUUUAAGAUGUCACGAGAGCGACACCCCACCGUCUAGCAGUUUCUGCUACUGCUGACAGUACCGGUAUAUGUAGUUACCUAACUACUCUGUUUGCCGAUAUAUACAUAUAUACAUAAUAUGCACGCCAAAGAGGGAAAAAUAUUGAAUAUUGAAACUGACAUUUCGAUUGGCGAGACGAAUGUUAAUUUUAUCAACGUACUUUCGUCGCGUACUUUCAAGGAUCUUUUAUUAAUGCAUUGUUACCGCAUAUACUAAAUGUCUUCCAUCGUAUCUAACUCUCUCUCGAGUGAAAAUGUUCCUCGACUUGGGGGAACUUACUGACACUCAAUUAGUAUAUUUAUACAAUGUUGAAUCUCGUCUUCUACGGGAAGUUACUCGUUUCCUAAAACCUUAAUUACUUAUCCUUUUCUAUGAAAACUCUCUUUUAUAUCAUCGUGUUCCGAUGUUGUUUGUUCUUGAAUAAUGAUGUUUGUAAACAUUUUAAAUGUCGGCCGACUAGAAAAAUGUGUUCUAUAUUCGACGAUAAUAUAUAUACUAAUCUUUUCUAUUACUGUUAUACAUUAUAUUACACAUAUAAGAUGCUUAAUAAAUCGAUCUUUUCUUACUUGCUAAAGUAUGAUAUGCGAUCGAUGUGGCAGCAAAUGUUUCGAAAGUUACGGUGAAUUACCUUCGACUAUAUCACGUAUUUUUGAUGACGUUAUUAUAAACCAAAGUUGAUAUAUUUAAUCGUAAGUGAUAAAUUUAAUUAUAUGUGACGCGUACGUAUAUCUACGCAUACAUAUAAUAAUCUUCCUAUUGGCAAUAUUUAUCUCAUAAUUGAAGUAUUAGAGUGAGUUGCAGUAUAAUAAUUUAUAGUUUUUAUGUAUUCUUAUAUAACAUAUUGUGUAAAUAUAAUAAGAGACUAAUUCGUAUAUACAAUAUGUGUACAUGGACACAAUAUAACUCUAAAUUAUUAUAUUGUGAUUCACUAAUAUUUUAAUUAUAAAAUAAAUGCUGUUAGCGUUGAAGAGAAUUAUGUACUUGGUUCACAUAUAAAUGUUUAAAGAUAUAUAUAUCGAUACUAAUUGUGAUAAUCAUAAAAUGGGUACCUUUUUCCUUUACCUUUCUUCAACAUGCUCUGGUUAUAUUACGAUUAUCAAUAAUGACGGUAUAUUAUAAUAGAGGAAGAAUGUCAUUGGUAAUAGCACGCAACAAAGUACAAGAUGUUGAAGAUCGAUGAUGAAAAAUUGAAUGACGAAUAUUGAUCCGACAAAUAAACUUUUCGAAACGACAAGUAAA